AUGGUCAACGGGGACUGCUGGCUCAUUGAGGGGGACAAAGGCUACGUGUGGCUGGCUAUCUGCAGUCAGAACCAGCCGCCAUACGAGACUAUCCCCCAGCACAUCAACAACACGGUCCAUGACUUGAGAUUGAAUGAGAACAAGCUGAAAGCUGUGCUCUUUAGCUCCAUGUACCGCUUCACCAACCUGACAGACCUCAACCUCACCAAGAAUGAAAUCAGCUAUAUUGAGGACGGAGCCUUUGCAGGACAAGCCAACCUACAGGUUUUACAGCUGGGCUACAACAAGUUGACAAAUUUAACUGAGGGUAUGAUGAGAGGGCUUGGCCGAAUGCAAUGCCUCUUCCUCCAGCACAACCUCAUUGAGGUUAUUGCCAGCAAUGCAUUCUGGGAGUGCCCCAGCCUCAGCAGCAUUGACCUGUCAUCCAACAAACUUGCCCGCAUUGACCCAUCUACAUUUACAGUUCUCGUUCGGCUGAUGGUGUGUGAACUGGCAGCAAAUCCAUUCCACUGUGGCUGUGAUCUUUAUAGCUUCCUAACCUGGUUGGAGUCCUUCAACAAUGUCACACACACCUAUGACCGCCUCCAGUGUGAGACACCCCGGGAGAUGUUUGGCUACCCCUUACUGAGUCCUGUUGCUGCGGGACAUGCCGGUCGGAAUGCCAAAAACAUUUUGUACCAUCACUGCCGAGACGGAGUGAUGAUUCCAGGGAUGACCUCUCUCCCACCAGAUCUGGACGGUCCCUCUGGGAUCGGACCAGAGAUGUUUGGUGGUGUGGGGCCCUACCACCAGCCCACCACCUCUUCAUCAUCUACUGAACUCGUCAUUCCCAGCAUCAAGCUCCAUCAUGUCUCUUUGUCAUCAGCCUCUCUCCUUGUGCAGAUUCCAAGGCCCUACAGCAAAAUGUAUAUUCUAACACAAUACAACCACACAUUUGUGUCUGAUGUCAUGAAUUUGAAGAACAAGAAGGAGAUGAUCACACUCAACAAGCUCAAGCCACACAAUAAUUAUACUUUCUGUGUAGGAUCCAUCCGCAACUCUCAACGUUACAACCACACCUGCCUUCAGUUUUCUACUCGGGCUCAGAAUCAAGAUGACAUGCUCCCCACACCUUCCACCACUACUCACUACAUAAUGACCAUUGUGGGCUGUCUUUUUGGCAUGCUCAUUGUUUUAGGCUUCGUCUACUAUUGUCUACGUAAGAAACGGAUGCAUGAUGAGAAGAAGAAGUCCAUCUGUGUCAAGAAAACAAUACUGGAAAUGCGCUAUGGACCAGAGGUGGCAGCAGCAGUGGCAAAUGAUCCAUCAGCAGUCCAUAAGCUUCAGGAGCAGUCCAGAGACCAUCACCAGUAUCAGCACCACCACGGAGGCAAACUUCCAAUGUCCACCUCGUCUAGUUCGGGAAUGCUCCACUCAGCCAACACCAGUUCCUCCAGACUUUCCUCUAUCCCACAAGUGGAAAAGAUGGCCACUGCCUUUUCAGAGGCCAUGGCUACAAGUAAAGGAAACUAUAUGGAUAUCAGAACUGGAGGGGCAGGUAUGGAGAGGGUGGGAGAUGGUGGGCAUGGAGGGAUGAGGGGGGAAGACUUGAGGGACGAUGAUGGAACUGAUGUUGGGGAUGACUCAGAUGAUGAUGGACAUGGCUCUGCAUCAGAAAUUUCAACCAUUGCCAUGGAGGUAGACAAGGUUAACCAGAUCAUUAACAACUGCAUUGAUGCACUGAAAUUAGAUGCAGCAGCAGUUGCUGCUUCUGGGGCCUCUACUAACCCUACAAUCUCCUCCAAUCCCACCUCCCCUCCCCCCACCAGUGCAUCCUCCCUUACUCGUGGCCUAAUCCCACUCUCCCAAGGGGUGACAGAGACUUGCCAGGUCAUUGCUCCCAACAAAAUACCCCCUCCACCUCCACUCCCUGCCUUGAAUGCUCCUCUCUCUGAGCGCCCAGGGAUCAGUGGUGGUGGCUUUGUUGUCACUCCUCCCUACAGGCCCCCUCCACCAGCCACUGCUGUACGUCCCAUUCAGCGGCAAAUGAGUGCAGAUGCAGCUGUGGUUAUUGUCAAUGCUGUCAAGAAACAGUGCAGUACCACCUCUUGUGGCUCCAUGGGUCGGGACAGGGAACGUGGAGGAGCAAGGGUGUAUAGCCUGGAUGUUCCUGAGCCAAGGAGUCCGGAUGCGUGUAAUCAACAACAGCAGCAGUACCCAGACAGGGCCAGUCCCGUGGGCUGUGGGGAGCCCCUAGAGAGGCUGCCUUUAGUGGGGAGCGGGAGCUGUGGUGGAGGGGGUGGUGGUGGUUGCGACAGUGGUGGUCAACAAAUGCAGCAACAGCAGCAGCAGCAGCAGCUAGAGGUGCAGCAGGACUACCACUGCUCGGAGCACCGCCACUCUGUCCCAGCUCUCUACUAUGAAAGCUCCCACCAGGGCUCCCCAGCCCAGAGGGUUUCCUUCCUAAAGCCUCUGACGCGCUCACGCAGGGAUGCAGCAUCUUACUCCCAGCUUUCACCUGCCCGCCACCAUUCCAGUUAUUCUGGCUACUCCUCCAGCCCAGAGUACUCCUCAGAGAGCUCGCUGAGGAUCUGGGAGCGCUUUCGUCCCUACCGGAAAGGCCAGCGCGAUGAGGCCUGUUAUGUGACGGCUGGAAAUGCCCUUCGAAAAAAGGUGCAGUUCGCCAAAGGCGAGGACCUGCAUGACAUCCUUGAUUACUGGAAGGGUGUGUCAGCACAGCAAAAGCUGUGA